CUCUCUCUCUCUCUCUCUCUCUCUCUUUCAAUACUGGAACACAAACUCUGUUGUUUUAUUCCCAAGCUGCAACCCUCUUUCAUUUUACAUUUUGAGAUAGGAUCUUACAAGUUGCUUAGGGCCUCACCAAGUUGCCAAAGCUGACCUUGAACUUGAUAUUUUCCUGCCUUGGCCUCCCAAGUUACUGGGAUUACAGGUGUGUGCCACCACGUCCAGCACUAGUGUUGGCGUUUUUGCCCCCUCAGGUAAAAUGUAGAAAACUUCUCAUCAUUUUGGCCCUUUCAUUCUCUUCUCUUUAUAAUUUAGUUAUAUAAAAAAUGUUCUCGAGGCUGGGGAGAUAGCUCAGUUGGUAGAGUGCUUGCCUUGUAAGCACAAGGCCCUGAGUUCGAUCCCCAGCACCCAAAAAAAAAAAAAAAAAAAAAAAUGUUCUCAAAUUAUAUUGAAAACCACAGAAGAUAGUGUUAUGAUUAUAAUAUUAUUUUAACCCCUUAAAAAUCAAAGGGCUGAGAAGACCACUUGGCUAGCAUGCAAAAGACCCUGGGGUUUAAUGCUCCAUAUAGCAAUAAAAAUAACAAAUUAAAAAAAAAAAGGAGAAAUAUAGUCUAUAUUUUACUCAUUUUGUUGUUCAUCUUUCAAGCCUAAUGUUUGAAGUAUCUUUUCAUCAUUACCUUUCUUUUGAAGACCUAGUUAUUCUUAAUGGAUAUGGAGAAUAAGAAAUUCCCAAAAUAAUAAGGCCUGAGAAAAGAAGUAAAAAUGAAGGCCAUGCACUGACAGCCUUGUCUCCCAGGACAGACGUCUUCCAGGCGCCAGCAGCUGCAGACAGGGCGGGGGUGUUUCAUCACCCGUAGAGGAAGCGGUCUCUGCGAGGCGUCCUCUCCUCCGAAGCCAAUCCUCUCCAGACGCUGUCCGCAGACCUUGACCAAAAGGCCCGCGUUCCUGAGUGUCCAUGCCCACUAGACCACCCCUCAAGGUAACCUGUAUAAACCAGUCCCUUUCGCUGUUCGGUGGCUCAUUUUCCACCAGGAGAGUGGGGCCGUGGGCACCAUUUCAUCCCCUUGAAUAAAGAGUUGAGAUGACGCCUGAGGUUUGCGUCCUGCCCGGUCUUUUUGUGCUAACAAUUCUUAUAAGGAAAGUCUGCUAAUUCUCUUUGUUUUAUUUCUUCCAAAAACAACAUUAUUUAACUUUCAUUUCUUUAAGUUUUACUGAGAUGUCAUCAACAAACCAUAAAAAUAUCAAUUUAAAACAUAUGUUUAGACACAGCCGGCCAGGAGCGCUCCAACUUGCAAGCGGCACUGCGCUGCGGAGUCUGGUGCCCGAGUGACAGUCGCGGGGAGUGCAGGGCAGGGGGACACGAGACCGCAGGGGCAGCUGCAAGCCGUUGGGCAGCGCUCGCCUGCGCCUAGCGAGUCGCCCCUUUCCGGCGCUCCGCUGCCCCGCCCCCCACUCUCCCACCCUCUAGCAACUUGGGUCAAGUUGACAACUCCUGCGGCGGCCGGCCAGCCCGUGCGGUCUCCACCGCUCAUUCCUUCCCCGGGGUGAAAAGGAGCCGCCGCGCCGGCUCCGGGGACCCUCGGGUGGCGGCAGCUUGGCCAUGAGGGCAGUGCGUGUUGCCUAACUCACGGCUGUCACCGCCGCUGCAGCGGGACCGGCCGGCAACACUCUUCAGGACAGGCGGGCGGCCGCCGGCAGGAGGCGCCAAGCCGGGCGGCAGCCGCGGCGGGCUUACCCCGGGGCCACUGCGCGGAGCCCAGCACCGCGCAAGCAGAGAGCGGCGCCGCGCACUGUGGUCCGGCGGGCACCUCGGGGACAGGCGCGGGGUGCAGCCUUCUGGUCCCGGCCGCUCUGACAAGGGCUUCUCUGGUCUGCCUGGCGCGGGGUGGGCGCGGACAGGGGCUCUGGGCUCGCGCGGGCCCCCGGGCGUCGCGAUGAACAUCGUAGUGGAGUUCUUCGUGGUCACUUUCAAAGUGCUCUGGGCGUUAGUGCUGGCCGCGGCGCGCUGGCUGGUGCGGCCCAAGGAGAAGGGCGUGGCCGGCCAGGUGUGCCUCAUCACGGGCGCCGGCAGCGGCUUGGGCCGCCUUUUCGCUUUGGAGUUCGCCCGGCGCGGGGCGCUGCUGGUGCUCUGGGACAUCAACACGCAGAGCAACCAGGAGACGGCGGGCAUGGUUCGCCACAUCUACCGCGACCUGGAGGCAGCCGAUGCCGCCGCGCUGCAAGCUGGGAAUGGUGCAGAAGAAAUUCUGCCCCACUGUAACUUGCAGGUUUUUACCUACACCUGUGAUGUGGGAAAGAGGGAGAAUGUCUACUUGACCGCUGAAAGGGUCCGCAAAGAAGUUGGUGAAGUCUCAGUCCUGGUCAAUAAUGCUGGUGUGGUUUCUGGACAUCAUCUUCUGGAAUGUCCUGAUGAGCUCAUUGAGAGAACCAUGAUGGUCAAUUGCCAUGCACACUUCUGGACCACUAAGGCCUUUCUUCCUACAAUGCUGGAGAUUAAUCAUGGUCAUAUUGUGACAGUUGCAAGUUCCUUGGGAUUGUUCAGUACUGCUGGAGUUGAGGAUUACUGUGCCAGUAAAUUUGGAGUUGUGGGUUUUCAUGAAUCCCUGAGCCAUGAACUAAAGGCUGCUGAAAAGGAUGGAAUUAAAACAACCUUAGUUUGCCCUUACCUGGUAGACACUGGCAUGUUCAGAGGCUGCCGAAUCAGGAAAGAAAUUGAGCCCUUUUUGCCCCCUCUGAAGCCUGAUUACUGUGUGAAGCAGGCCAUGAAGGCCAUCCUCACCGACCAGCCCAUGAUCUGCACCCCCGGCCUCAUGUACAUUGUGACCUUCAUGAAGAGCAUCCUUCCUUUCGAAGCAGUCGUGUGCAUGUAUCGGUUCCUAGGAGCGGACAAGUGUAUGUACCCUUUUAUUGCUCAAAGAAAACAAGCCACAAACAAUAAUGAAGCGAAAAAUGGAAUCUAAGAAUCUUUUCGUAUGAAAUAUCAUUUCUAUCAGAAGACGAUCAAGAUGUUUCAGUCCAGUACACAUCAGCGUUACUGACAUUCUGUGGAUUCUAACCCCAUGUUGACUUUUUAAAAAAAAAUCAACUUUAAAAAAAAAUAAAGUGUAAAUUAACUGACUAGAGUGCUUGGGAAAUGUGAUCAGUCAAAGUGAGCUAAGCUUGUUGCUAAAUUAACUGACUAGAGUGCUUGGGAAAUGUGAUCAGUCAAAGUGAGCUAAGCUUGUUGCUAACAGGAUCCUUUUAGACAGGACCCUAAAACCAGUCUGAUCUUUAGACAAGCACUGUGUGACAUCUUUGGGCUUUCCUUAUUUUUUUAAUGAACAGAAAGUCUAGAAAUGAUAACUACAGUGUGUUGCACAUGUGUGAUUUUUCUGAAUUCCAUAGAGUUUAUUCAUUCUUGUCAGUAAACUCUAGCCAACUGACAUCCUUGCAACUUCAAGGGCUAUAUUUUCUCAUCUUUUCUAAGUUCCAGUAGUGUAAAGCCUGUGUGGCUUUUUCAUGGUAUCUGUAUGUUCAGCUCUUUUUAAAAAGGAAUUUUGAAAUCUCCAUCCGUUUGAAGUCAGUGAUGUCUGAGCAUUACAGUAAAGAUGAUCAGGUCUCAUUCUUAAACUCACAUUGACUAAAGUGUUAGGUGAUUUUUUUUAUUUGACCUCUGAAAUACUUCAUUAAAUAUCUAGAGACCUAGUUAUCCAAAAAGACAUGCAUUUUCUACCAAUGAAUUUUGCUGCAUAUAGAAAGUGCCCUUUCCUCAGGAGUUGCUGCGUUUUGUGUUUGGGGCAGUACUCUUAUCUAGAGUACACAGCAGCUCUGCAAAGAACCCAUUUCUAAAAAUGGGAAUUUCCACAUUAAAAAGUCCCCAUUUUUGUGCCAACUAUGAUUAGUGAUGGGGAAAAUGUUAUUCUAUGGAGUAUGUACGGAAGGGUGUAAAGAUUCCUUUGGAAGGUGUAUUCACAUUGUAGAACAGCAAAUGACAUUUUUACAGUAUUUUUUUGUAAAGCAAACUAUUUUGUGCCUUGAAUUUGGUAUAUGUGUAUUAGUGAAACAUUGUAAAAGUGAACUUCUACCUCUGUAUCUAAAUGUGUACCAUCCACUUAUAAAUUACUAUGAACUAUUAUGUGAUUGCUUUUCUUUUUAAUGUCUUAUUUGAAUAGUGACCAAUGUUU